AUGGUCAGACAGUGUUCGUUGAUCCAGCCUGCACCAUCAAGGGGCCCUAUGUUCGAAAGCAUUAGUGCGAUAGUGUCUUCAGCCGAAACCAGCCUUCUUUGCUUGAUGGUGCUGGUUUCGAUCAGUGCUAUCGAACCCCAGCAAUACACGGUUUUUGAUGCAUUAGAAUUGUUGGGGCCCUAUUUUAUUGUUCAGUCGGCUGGCUUUAGUAGCUUCCCUAAAUUGUGGGGUCUACUCUCGAGGUACCCGGUCCCUGAAGAGUCGUUCGAGUGGUUGUAUCCCUGGACAAGACUCCUUAACAAGACACCAUUGCAUUUAGCUGUGCUAUAUAAUCACACAUCUGUAGUGAAAGUAUUAUUGGAAAAUGGUGCCGAUUCUGAAGUUACCGAUUCUAACACUGACACUCCGUUACUUUGGGCUGCAAUGAAAGGACAUACACCAAUGGUGGAAGUAUUAAUAAAUAACGGUGCUGAUGUGAAUGCUGUAAACAAAGACCAGAAUACUCCAUUACACAAAGCUGCAAAAAAAGGAUACGCUCCUAUACUAGAGAUGUUAUUAAAUAAUGACGCAAAUGUGAAUGCUGUGAAUAAGGAAGCCAUUCCGUCGAUCAACAUUGCUGCUUAUCACAAAGAAGAUUCCGACUGUGGAACUAUCGAUCUGAAUGACACAAAGGCUGUGGAUGCAAUAAAUCGUCUGUACGCAGGAAGGUUACAAUGUAUCAGUGGUCAUUAG